AUGGUUAUUAAAAGGGACUGUGCGUUUAAUUUGGACUAUACUUAUAUUUGAAGUUUUACGGUACCUCAACUUCGUGUAUUUUGGCUAAAUGUACUUGGUUAUGUCCCAGCACUCAUAAUGUUUCAUGAGCUGUAAGUACAAGGUGAUAUGUAGUAGCACAGUAUUACAAAGCAUAUAAGUGUAUACAUUUCAGAUAAUGUCAGAAUAUACAAUGUAAACGAAUAAAAAACGGCGCACACAGCUUUUGUAAAUAGAUACGAGCUUAACUAAAGUAAACAUGUAGUACACUAACCAGCCUGCAGGCGGCGCUGUCAUUCCCACACUGCCUCCAGUCAUGAACCAGUUAUAGGGCAGGAGUCACUGAUAUUUGGUCGGACAAGGAAUGUAAAUGUCUGAGGACAAGGAAGCCCAGGAGGAUGAGCUGCUUGCUUUAGCAAGUAUUUACGAUGAAGAGGAGUUCCACCAGGCAGAGUCAGCACAGGGAGGAGAGAUCCAACUCUGUCUGGAGCUCCCUCCUGAUUUCAAAGUUGUUGUCAAAGGAGAGAAGCAAUCUGAAUAUAAUGUCUGCUUCUUACCUCCUUUGGUGCUCAACUUUGAGCUUCCUGCAGACUACCCAUCCACAUCCUCACCGGCCUUCACUCUCAGCUCUAAAUGGAUGACCAGAGCACAGAUGAGCUCUCUAUGCAGACGCCUCGAUGAGCUGUGGGAGGAGAAUCAAGGCUGUGUAAUUCUUUUCACAUGGAUCCAGUUUCUCAAAGAGGAGGCUAUGGACUUUCUGGCCAUCCAAUCUCCUCUUGAAGUCUUCAGGGGAGGGAGUAAGGCAGGAGGUGAGCGCAGGAAAGCCGACUCAGCAGCCACAGCUCUGGCGCAGUGUGGGAGUCAUUCUGAAAACUCUGAGGCAAAGAAAGAAAACUCUGAACCACAGCUCUCAUUGUCUUCGCAACUGGACCCGCGGGCCGUCCUGUUGAGGGACCCGUGUGCCGACCUCCUACCUCAGCUCCUGGACUUUGACGAGGAGCAGCGCCAAAGGGUGUUUGAUGGCAAGGUGUUCGGCUGUGGGAUCUGCUUUGCAGAGAAGCUGGGCUCCGACUGCCUCUGCUUUAAAGAGUGCCAGCACGUCUACUGCAAGGCCUGCAUGACUGAAUACUUCCAGAUCCAAAUACGGGACGGCAAAGUUCAGUGCCUUAAUUGCCCUGAGCCCAAAUGUACCUCCUUGGCCACACCGUCGCAGGUGAAGCAGCUGGUGGAUGAAGAGCUGUUUGCCCGUUAUGACCGCUUGCUGCUCCAGUCAACGCUGGACCUCAUGGCCGAUGUAGUCUACUGUCCCCGCCAGACCUGCGGCACAGCUGUCAUGGUGGAGCCAGACACAACCAUGGGCAUUUGCUCGGCCUGCCAGUAUGCUUUUUGCACGCUGUGCAAGCUGGGCUAUCAUGGUCUCUCCCACUGUAAAGUUACUGCAGAUGAAUUGCGUAACCUCAGAGAUGAGUACCUGUCAGCCACAGCCGAGGGGAAAAAGUUUCUGGAGCAACGCUUUGGGAAGAGGGUGAUCCAGAAAGCAGUGGAAGAGUCCUUUAGUAGAGACUGGCUCAAUGAAAACUGCAAAGGAUGCCCACGCUGUGGAACCAAUAUACAGAAAGUGGAUGGCUGUAAUAAGAUGACCUGUACCUCGUGUAGACAGUACUUCUGUUGGCUGUGCCUGGGCCUCCUCAGCAAAGUCAACCCGUACAGUCAUUUUAACAACCCACAUUCACCCUGUUACAACCAACUCUUCCACGGUGUGGAUCUUGAUGAAGAAGAUGCCUUCUGGAGCGAUGAGGAGGACUGAGCCCCGUGCAGUACCUCGCUGCUGUAUGCUCCGUUUGAAUGCACUUUAUCUCACAUCACCGUCUCUUCACCUGUGACGCUCACAUGCCUGCAUUUGCACAACAGUGCCACGACAGUUAUGUACCAUGGUACCAUUGUUAUGUUCUGAAUAUGACCAGGCAUCUUUGGCAUAAAACUAUCAAUGUCUGGGUGUUAAUUGUUCAUAUUUACUUAAAAUAUGACAAGACGUCAUGUAUAAAAAUUCAAGAAUGGCAAGAACAGUUUUAGCUUUGUCUCAGAGAGAAAUAGAGAAACAGCUGUGGCUUUUUUGUAGAAGUGACAUUUUCUUGAAAUUACUCUUGGUUUUCAACAUCAAGAAUAUGUAGUUAUUGAUAGUAAAUCAUUUCUAUAUGACAGUGUCAUAUAAAUUGAUUUUUAUUUCUAAAGUCAAAGCAAAUUAACAGAAAAAAGAAAAGCAAAAUGUUUUUUCACUCGGUUAGGUCUACAGAUUUACUUUUUUCUGAGUUUAACUUUUUCAUGAUAAGUUUUGACAUUUCUCAAGUUAUAAUGAUCAACAAGUGAUACUGGAAUCACUGACUCAUUUUGGUAAAUUCAAGAUGUUUGCUUCCACUAAGCCGGCAACUGGGUGCUGCAGGAAAAAAGAGGUGAUGCCAGUCGCCUUUCUUUCUCAUGUUAAGUUACCUGCUUCUUAUAUGAAGUCUCUAUCCUCUGGCUGGCUUUCUGUCACAUGUCCAAAGUGUGAAACUUAACUAACCGCUUUCUUCACACAAACUUCAUGGUGGAUAAUUAAGUGAAUUUCAUGACCUAAGCCAGGCACACACACAUUCUUGAUACAGGAUCAAAGCAACAAAGGUGAAGCUGGAGAUUUGUCACUAAGGCAUAAUUAACUACCUAGAUUUUGUCGUUUGUUUCAGCUCUAGGCUGUUUUGGUUGGAAACUCUUACAUCAUGCUCAGACAGGGUGCAGAGUGUAAUUUGAAUGUUGACAGUUUUUCAUCUUUUGCCAGGAUGUUGGGUUUUUUUUUUCAUCUUUGAAGAUUAUGUUUAAAUUUGCUUUUUCUUGAGAUGAGUUUAUUUACAGAAAUGCGUCCUUGCACAUCAUGAAAUCUGGUAGGUUGAACAAAGGAAUUUAAUGAGUUUGGUUGUGGGCUGUAUGUCAUAAUUAGUUGGAGUCAUGUUUUUCUAUACAGAAUGUAAUAAUGGAGGAUACUACAGUAAAUAUUCAGCCAGUCCUCUGAUGGGGUUACUGGGAUUGUGAUUAUGGUGUGUGUGGAGUUAUUUGGGGACUGAGGUGUGAGAAAGGAAAUCCUCCCUUGGUAAACAGAUUUAUUCACUCUCUUUUGUACAACAGUUGCCAAAUAUUAGUGUCAAAGAGAGGCCAAAUAAUCUAGAUACAAAAAUGUUUUGUACAAUUAAUUUAUUUUCUUUUUCUCCAUUAGAAAGGAAGCGUUAUCAUGCAGUCAGUUAUGUUCUGUUAUUGAAAUUGAACUCUGCAUAAAAUCUAUUCUUUUUCAACGUUAAAUGAUUUGCUGUUCUCUGCUUUAAAAGAACAGAUGCGGGGUUGGACUGGUAAAAACCAAAAAAAGGACAAUCUCUUGUUCAGUCUUGAAAUGCACAUGGAUUUCCCUUUAGUGCAGACCCACUUUCACGUCAUGUCUCAUGUAUGAAACAUUUGAGUACAGGAUGUUUAGAAUUCAGUGAAAAUGAAUUCAGCAUACUGUUCCUCAAAAUAAAUGUUACCACUUAACAUUU